GCGUUCCACGGACCGUGUAGCUCGUUGCCCCGUACCACGGACUCCGCACUCGUUUCGCGUUCCUCGUCGUUGCUGUAGGGCUGUUGUUAUUCCUUUUGUGUGAGGGCGGCUUUUCGGUGUUGUUAGAUAUUAAUAUAUCGUGGUAGGACAGAAGGAACCUUCUUCUGACGAUAAAGGAAAAGAGAGAACACCAUGAAGGCCCUGAGGAAUAUCGUUGUGACGAUACUCUGUCUUACCGCUGUUUUCGGUGUAGACAUUGAAUCAGAGGAUGGUGUAUUGGUCAUCACCAAGGAUAACUUCGAGAAGGCACUCAAGGAUCAUCAGUACAUUCUAAUUGAGUUCUAUGCUCCAUGGUGUGGACACUGCAAAGCUUUGGCUCCAGAAUAUGCAAAGGCUGCACAGAAAUUGGCAGAACUCAAUUCUGAAGUUAAAUUGGCCAAAGUAGAUGCUACUAUUGAAACUGAAUUAGCUGAGAAGCAUGGCGUGAAAGGAUAUCCCACACUUAAAUUCUAUCGUAAAGGAUCCGUCAUUGAAUAUGGUGGUGGUCGUCAAGCUGAUGAUAUUGUUAACUGGGUUGUUAAGAAGACUGGACCAGCUGCUAAGGAUUUGACUUCUGCUGAAGAAAUCAAAUCCUUCAUUGAUAACAAUAAUGUAGCUGUUGUUGGAUUCUUCAAGGAUAAUGAGUCAGAAGCUGCUACAGUCUUUUUGGAUGCUGGUAACGCCGAUGAUGAUCACAAUUUUGGUCUAGUCAAGUCCGAGGAACUGUUUGGUGAAUAUGAUGCAGAGGAUGGUACAAUUAUCCUAUUCAAAGAUUUUGACGAAGGCAAGAGUAAGUUCGAGGGUGAACUCAAUUUAAAGAAUCUACAGAGCUUCAUCACAAUUCAGUCUUUGCCACUGAUUGUUGACUUCAAUCAGGAUACUGCACAGAAGAUCUUCGGUGGCGAUAUAAAAAGUCAUCUCCUUGUCUUCCUCAGCAAGGAUGGUGGUCACUAUGAUAAAUACGUUGAAGAACUCAAGGAGCCAGCAAAGAAAUUCCGUGGAGAUGUACUGUUCGUAACCAUCAACGCUGACGACCACGAUCACGAGCGUAUCUUGGAGUUCUUCGGAAUGAAGAAGAGCGACGUUCCCGCCAUGCGGCUUAUUAAACUUGAACAGGACAUGGCUAAAUACAAGCCAGGAAAUCCUGAAAUCUCCAGCGAGAAUGUACUGAACUUUGUAACUGCUUUUACUGAGGGUAAACUCUCGAGGCAUCUCCUUACCCAAGAUGUACCUGAGGACUGGGAUAAGAAUCCUGUCAAGGUUCUCGUCGGUACCAACUUUAAUGAUGUUGCCCUUGACAAGAGCAAAAAUGUUCUUGUUGAAUUCUAUGCACCUUGGUGUGGACAUUGCAAAGAACUUGCGCCUAUUUACGACAAGCUGGGUGAAAAAUACAAGGACAGUGAAACUGUCGUCAUAGCCAAGAUGGACGCCACUGCCAACGAAUUGGAGACUGUUAAAAUUAACAGUUUCCCUACUAUCACGUUAUACAAAAAGGACACCAAUGAGGCUGUUGAGUACAAUGGCGAACGGACACUCGAAGGAUUCAUUAAAUUCAUCGAAUCUGACGGCAGCUAUGGACAAGCUGCAGAGGAGGUACAGGAGGAGGAUGAAGAUGACGACGUGCCAAGGAAAGACGAAUUGUAAACAAACGAAUUCGUUAUCAAGAAUUUAAAAUGAUUCCAAUUCUCAUUUUCAUCUUCCCUUGACGUCCGAGUAAAAAGCGAAGCCUCCAUGAUCAAUCCGAGGAGCUAAAAAAGAAAAUUCUAUAUUUCCAACAACAAGAUCAGUUCCGAAAAAGGCACUGCAUCGUCUCGCGUUACUUCAUUAAGCUUAAGUUUAUUUGAAAUAAAAAAAUAUUAAAAACCAAAAAAAUGGAGAAAUAUCGAAACGUA